UUUUUUUUUUUUUUUUUUUUUGGCCGCCCCGCCUGGCUGAUAUCGGAAGAAUGAUGUGAAUACAAUGCGAUUCCAGGAAUCCCUCACUUCCUGGAACAGAUUAAAAGGGGCAAACAAAAGAUUACUUAGUAGGCUGGGUUUUUUUUUUUUUUUCCUCUAGCAGCUUCAUUACUUCUGGAGUCAGUGAAAAAGUAGGGUGCUGCUCUGCCGGCUCUCUUCCCCCAAGCAUUCGGGGAGAUAUUAUUUAUUGGUAUCUAUUUAUUAUUGUGCUCUGAAUAUUUUUUUUUUCUUUCUAAAACACUGCGCUGAAGGAAGACCAGUUCCUCUUUAAAUAUACGUAAUACCCAUUUUCUCUGGUUAUUUUUAAAAAUCUGUUGCUGUUGUUUUUCGAAAAGCAGAACAAAAAUGCAUUAUUUUCUAAAGCACUGACAGUGCACAACUUUUCCUGACCAAAGUUGCUAACAAUCUGUAAAGUCUUUCUCAGCCGGAUUCGCCUUCUGCUCAACUUUUUCUGUGUCUGAAACACAACCUACUACAGAAGGGGCUCGCUGGGACUCUCCAGCCUUCUCCUGCCGUAAACCCCUAACCAGGGGCUGGAACUAGGAACUCCUGGGAAGUGAAGAAAAAAAGAGAGAAGGAAAAGAGAGAAGAGGAGAAAGCCUUUCCCACGUUCUUGAAGACUUAAUGCUUUUCCCUUGGUCCAGGAGUGACAUGAUCCUCUGUGUUCAAGGACCUCAUCCUUUGCUGGCGGAGGAGAAGAUCAGGAGACUGUCACUCAGGGACACUGCGGUGGAUUUGCCAGAGCCAAUCAUGCAGCCGCUCCCUGUCAUGGCCUUCCAGGAGGAGGCUGCACCUACCUUUGUAGCACCAGUUCCAGAGAGCAACCCACCUCAGACACGAGACCCUGAAGAAGACCUUCUCUGCAUUGCAAAAACCUUCUCCUACCUGCGAGAAUCUGGUUGGUACUGGGGAUCUAUCACUGCUAGUGAGGCCAAGCAGCAUCUCCAAAAGAUGCCUGAGGGUACCUUCCUGGUACGGGACAGCACCCACCCCAGCUACCUCUUCACACUCUCUGUCAAGACAAACCGUGGUCCCACCAACGUGCGCAUCGAAUACGCUGACAGCAAGUUCCGGCUAGACUCAAACUACUUGUCCAAGCCUCGCAUCCUGGCCUUUCCAGAUGUGGUCAGUCUUAUCCAGCAUUACGUCAUGUCCUGCACUACAGAAAGCAAGAGCGAGGCUCCUUACCCACCUCCUUCUCCUCUACCUCCCAUGCAAAAAGAGAUGGCAGCAGCUGCAGUGCACUUGAAACUCAUCCGGCCGCUCAGCCGCAAAGACACCAUCCCCAGCCUGCAGCACCUCUGCCGGCUCCGCAUUAACAAGUCCACAGCCGAGGUGGAGAAGCUCCCCCUGCCCAGGAGGAUGGGGGACUAUUUGAAGCAAUACCCUUUCCAGCUCUGAAACACGGCUCAGGCACCACAGGCAGGGACAGAAACAACAGAACUUUGUGUCCGACCCGCUAAAGCGCAGCAUCAGGCGGGCACAGUGAUGAGAUGACUAUCAGCAGAGACUGCGUCCACCUUUCCUCUCCCCUUCUCUCUAAAUCCAUUCCAGCCCCAGGGAGGAGUUGGUUGUUUCAGUGAACAACAGGACACAAUCUGACCUCUGAACCUCAGGCUGUGCCGAGGGUGGCUGUGAGAAAGUGCUGUCAGCAUGUGCACACUACUUGAAUUUCAGAGUUGCUGUGACACCGGGAAUGUUAAAGUUGUUAUUUUUUGCUAUUUAUUUCCAUGGCAGUUUCUCUCCUUGUGGUAUUUUAAAAGCACCUUUUACUUUAUUGUUUCUUGUUUCUUCUUCUCUUGUGGAAUUAGAGAUAGAAUAAAGGCUCCCAGCUAGUGGGCAGCCAAAAAUCUGUGGGAACUUGGAUUUGAAGUCACAUGCAAAUAGUACCUGUUUGAGCUUGUCCCUGUAACAGGUCACAGGAGCCCAAAUCCAAGCUCCCCCAGACUUCUGGGAUAUGUCAGACUCAGAUGACUGUAUCUAGACCCACCUCUACAGGGGUAAAGAGUAUUUUUUUUCUUCCUUAGCUACAGAGGGCUGGGUAUUUUAACCCCAAAGCACAUCGUUAGCAGGCUGUGCAUCUCCCAGACAUGCAUGCUGCACCAUAUGUUGUGGGCAGGAGACUUUGAGGAAGCCCUUCUUCAUUGAGAGUUCUAAGCAGAGAUUCUGAAUAUUGAGCUUGGGCAAGGAGCACUCAUCCCAUAUUUUUUCAUCUUCCCCAUUUCCAAAGGAAGUCAGGGACAAAACAUUUAGAAACAAGCAAUCAGAAACCAAACUUACUUAUUUUCAGGCAGAGGGAUUUGGUUUCAGAGCAUUUUGCAUUUGGCUUGUGUUUUCCCUGACAUUGCCUGGUCAGAUGUGGGGCAUGAUGGGGUUCAGGCACAGAUCUGCUGAGCUGCACCAAAGACACACAGAGCUUUGGGAUAUUUAUUUAUUUAUUUCUGCACCUCAGUAGAAAGUGCUGUCCUUCCUCUCUGCUAACUCAAUGCCAAACUGCCAGUUGCUCUGCUUCUGCCAGCAUUAUUCACAAGUCAUGUGGCUUCAAUCAGAGCUAGGCUCUAGCACACACUGGAAACCACAUUACAAGUUUUCUGUUUGCCAAGGUCCAGAUCUCCCUCCUCUUUUUCUCCAACUUGUGUGUUUGUUAUCCCUAAUUAGAUUUUCCUCUCUGGGUUUACUUCUUGCACCACCCCCCCGCAAAUGAAGCACAAUGCCUCUCCCUUGCUCUUUUGCAGACAGCAGACGGGAUCUGCCCCAAACCAAACACAGACCAAGGAGUUGCUCCUUCCUCUUCAUUCACAUGAUCCCAUCACCCUCCCAGCCUGUCGGAGCCAGCAUAUGCCAUGAAACAUGAGAAGGGAACCAGAAGGUCUAGAGAAAUUAUCUUUUGGCAUAUUUUGCCUCUAAGACACCCCCCUACCCCAUAACUUGAUCAAGCAUAAACCAAUAUUAAGGAUUCCUCAAUUCAUCCCUCCCUGGAACUGUCUGUCUCAGGCUCUCCAAGUUAGAAGAGAAAAAUUCCAGCUAUACUUGAGGGCUGAAAGAGGAGAUGGGACGGUGACCCAAGAGACAAGCUCAAAAGAUGGGUGGAGUUUCUUCCACCGUAACUCAAAGCUGCCCAAAGGGACAAGAUGGCCUGAUGUGCUCAGUCAGUGCCCUUUUCCCCCUCUCCCCCUCUACAUUUAUACAAAUUUGUGCUCUUGCAAGCUUUGUUUUUGAUACUUUGAUGAUUGACAGUGUGCACGUGUGAUGUCAGUUUUCCUUUUUGUAAUAUGCCUCCCCCUCACCCCAUACCACAGCAACCUUGGGAGGGGACUGAAUGAGAACGAAAACUUAGAAGGCAGAACAAAAAACAAACUUUGUUGUUUUUUUUUUUUUUAAUUUAAAUAAUAUAAACCAUAAACCACUGAAAAGGCUUCCUUUUAUCCAAACACCUCUAUCUGCCUGAGGACACUGGGAACAAGGAAACCACGAGCAGCAGUGAUCUCAGGAAGCCCUCAUAGCUUUGCCACAGGCUUGGUAUCUACAGCAUGUGAAAAAUCAGUUUGAGAAAUGUCCAGUGGGAAAGGGCAAGUUCAGCUCUCUGAAACCUGCCUCCUACUUGGUCUGUACUCUGUUGGGGGUAGAGGAAAUCAAACUUGCAGGUUUGACCUUACUGUCCCAAGAAAUGGCAGAAGCAUGUAAUGAAAAUGAAUACCUGGUUAAUCCUCCAGCAGGAUGAUGCAGAGGCUGAGCUGAAGGCUGUAAGCUCAUGUGGGCAGGGACCAUCUCUGUUGUAUGUUUGUUCUGCACCUAGCACAAUGGGGUUCUCUAGGUGCUACUGCAAUACAAAGAAUAAACAAUACAGUUACUCCAAAAAGUCAGUUUCUUCUAUCUCCAGACAGUUUGUUAAAAAUCAUUUGACUUGGAUUUUAAAUAAACAUUUUAAAUAUA